AUAAAAUAUACUUCAAAAUGAUAAGAUAACUCAAGGGCCACAAGUUGAAGUUCGAAGAUAAAAAAAAGAGUUAUCUAACGGUGCUAUAAACAUCGAGCAUUCAGAUUGACUCUGCUAAUUAAAGAAGAUGUAUAAAACAACAUUUGCUUUCUGCUUGGUGGCAUUGAUUGUGGUGGCCUUUGCAAAAGACCCCAUUUACUCUAAUAAUGGCAUCCUCAGCGGAGACGAUCGUGCAUUUAGCGAUACCAGAAUAAAAAGCUGUGUAGAGUCCUGCCCAACAAUCAGAUCUCUCUUGGUUGUCUGUGGUUCUGAUGGAAAGAGCUAUGCUAACAAAGGCAGAGUCAAAUGUGUUGACCAAUGUUUGAAACCAUACGGAGAAAGUUUACAAAUUGCCCACGAAGGAUUUUGUCCAAAUGAUGUACCUGCCAAUGAGAGAAACUAAUUUUCAAGCUGAUGUACACAAAAUGACACUUAUAUGCAUAAAGAUUUAUAUUCUAACAUUAAUCGAUUGAAGGGGUAUAUUAUCCUUGGUACAUUGCUCAAAAAUCAAAGUAUAUUUGUAGUUCCUGAAAUAAAAAUGAGAGCUUUACUCUUGUCA